AUAAUUCAUUAUUCUCCUUAAAAAUAAAAACCAGUAAAAAAAAAAAAGAAAUAGCAGCCGCCAUGAUCGUGAAGCUCACCUUCUUCUUCUUCUUCUUCAUCCUCCAAACUCUAAAAUCAUCAUCCCAAGAUCUCAACUUCACCUACAAUGGAUUCCGUCCAGUGACAAACCUAACCCUAGAAGGAGUCGCCGUCGUCACAUCCAACGGUCUCUUACGCUUAACCAACGCAACCAGACAGCAAACCGGUCACGCCUUCUAUACCGAACCGGUCCGGUUCAAGUCCUCCCAAAACGACAGCGUUUUAUCCUUCUCCACCACCUUCGUCUUCGCCAUAGUUUCCGACAUCACCUCACUUAGCGGCCAUGGAAUCGCCUUUGUCGUUGCUCAGACCAGAGGCCUCCCAGGCGCUCUUCUGGGAUACAUACAACGUGAUACGAUCUCAAAAGUCUUUGGUUUUACGAAUUUAUUGUUUUUUUUCGCCGUCGAGCUCGACACGAUUCUGAGCAGCGAGUUCGGAGAUAUCAACGAUAACCAUAUCGGAAUCGACAUCAAUGGGCUAAGAUCGGUGGAGGCUGAACCGGCCGGUUAUUGGGAUGUAACCGGCCGGUUCGUAAAUCUGAGCAUGAUCAGUCGUAAACCGAUGCAGGUCUGGAUCGAUUACGAUGGCCCUGCGAAGCGAAUCGAUGUAACGAUGGCUCCUUUCAACGUGGAUAAGCCCAAGAAACCGCUUUUGUCUCUGGUUAGAGAUCUUUCUCCGAUUCUGUUCGAGAAUAUGUAUGUGGGUUUCUCGUCUUCGACGGGUUCUGUUCUCUCGAAACACUAUGUUCUUGGAUGGAGCUUCCGGGUCAACGGCGAGUCACCUCCAUUGAUCUUGUCGAAGCUUCCAAAGCUUCCUCGGAUCGGACCCAGAAAAAUUCUCGAGUUCUACAAGUUCGGUGUACCGUUGAUCGCCCUGUUCUUGAUAUUUUCGUCAAUCUUUCUUGGGUUCUUCAUCGUAUCCAGGAAGAGAAAGUUUGCUGAAGAGCUCGAUGACUGGGAAAAAGAGUUUGGAAAGAACAGGUUCAGAUUCAGGGACUUGUACUACGCGACAAAAGGGUUCAAAGAGAAGGAGCUUCUCGGAUCUGGAGGAUUCGGAAGAGUUUACAGAGGAAUUAUGCCCACAACGAAACUGGAGAUCGCAGUGAAGAGAGUCUCGCACGAAUCCCGACAGGGGAUGAAAGAGUUCGUGGCUGAGAUCGUAAGUAUUGGUCGGAUGAGCCACCGGAACCUAGUCCCUUUAUUAGGAUACUGUCGCCGGAGAGGAGAGCUUCUUCUGGUUUACGAUUACAUGCCGAAUGGAAGCUUGGACAGGUACUUGUACAACAAUCCAGAGGUAACCCUCGAUUGGAGACAGAGGUUUAAGGUCAUAAAGGGAGUAGCCUCUGGUUUAACCUAUCUCCACGACGAAUGGGAGCAAGUAGUUGUUCAUCGUGACGUUAAAGCCAGUAACGUUCUCUUAGACGCAGAACUCAACGGGAGAUUAGGCGAUUUCGGGUUGGCCCGUUUGUACGAUCACGGGUCGGAUCCUCAGACAACACACGUGGUCGGAACCAUAGGUUACUUAGCUCCAGAGCAUACGAGAACCGGAAAAGCCACAACUUGUACGGACGUCUUCGCAUUCGGAGCUUUUCUUCUCGAGGUUGCCUGUGGAAGACGACCCAUUGAAAUGCGCAGCGGUAAUGAAGAAACGUUCUUGCUCGUGGAUUGGGUUUUCGGGUUUUGGUACAGAGGAAACAUCUUGGAUGCUAAAGAUCCGAACUUUGGAUCAGAUUAUGAUCCGAAAGAAGUGGAACUGGUUCUGAAACUAGGGUUACUCUGUUCACACUCCGAUCCUAGGGCAAGACCAAGUAUGAGACAGGUUCUUCAUUAUCUACAAGGAGAAUCCUCGUUGCCGGAUUUGUCGCCGUUGGAUGUGUCGGAAAGUGGAUUGAUGCUGACGGGUCGAGAUGGGUUUAGCGAUGUAGCCAUGUCGUAUGCUUCGUCGGCGUUUAGAGGGUUCACGGGGACUUCCUCAAUUGCUGAUUCCCUGCUAUCGGGAGGGAGGUGAUUGUAACUUCAGAAAUGUUUGGGGUCGUUUCGUAACAUGUUGGAUAUAUUGAGCGCUUUGUUAGCAAAUUUUAAAAGUGGUUUUGGUCAUUUGGAUGUCACACGAGAUAGAUUUUGUCAUAUAGUUGAAUACAUGUGCAUUUUCUCCCGAUUUUGGGCCAUCUUUCUAUGUAUGUGAUGAUUAAUUAUAAUGAUAGUUGAGCGGACUCGUGUUCAGUUUUUUAUA